CUGGCAACCGCCGGGCCUGACUUUGGGCAGUCAAAUCUCACUGUACGCACUGUAUCAAAAAACACGGUCCAGGUCUCCACCUUCGCACACCCAACCCAACCGCCCAUCAUGCUUUUCUUCAGUUUCUUCAAGACCCUCAUAGACCACGAGGUCACCGUCGAGCUCAAGAACGACAUCCAGAUCCGCGGCACCCUCAAGAGCGUCGACCAGUACCUCAACAUCAAGCUCGAUGACAUCUCCGUCGUCGAGGAGCUCAAGUACCCGCACCUGAGCUCCGUCAAGAAUGUCUUCAUUCGUGGUUCCGUCGUCCGCUACGUCCACCUCCCCGCCAACCAUGUAGACGUCCCUCUUCUCGAGGAUGCGACGCGGAGAGAGGCUGCCGCCCAGUCAGCAAAGGCGAAAUAA